AUGCAAUGCAGCUCGAGGGCGGUGAUACCGAACGUGCCAGGCGCAGGGUAUCGAGACCUAAGCAUUCCCACUGCAAUCAACUCACUAGUUCAGCUCUGCGGGGAUUUUAGCAACGGUUUGGGCAUAUUCUGCUAUACAGACGAGGGACCAUUAGCGGUGUUCACACCCCUACCAGCACUUUUCGAUACUGCACAGCAUUCAUAUCUCAGGAAAUCAUGUGCCACUAACUGCUGGUGUACCCGUCGUCGGAGGGAAGACGAUGUCGUUCGGUCGUCCGGAGUGGUGAUAGCACCAGUCGGUCCCGGCUUCUAUGUUCAGAAUGCCAACGGCUUCUAUCUUCUGGACAUCGAUGGUGACCCGGGGCAAAGCUCGGUCAACAACGCAGCUGGAGGAAACGAUGGAGGUCACGCCUCAACUGAUGAUGACACGGCGUGGGAAGGGAGCAUUCAAGACGAUCUGGGCGAGGUUGGUGGAGCCUCUGAUUUGACUAACUCGCAGCCCAGCUGGCUUUCGGAAGGUUUUGGAGAACCUCGUGGCAACCCAUCGUAUUUAAGCCUUUCAAGUAUUCCUAGCCAUCUAGAUGAUGACCAAGAUGACUUUGGCAGCAUUGCUACUACCAUCGAUACGGAGUCCGAUGGUUUUGCUUCGGCGAUUAUGAACCCCACACAAGACGCCCUGUAUGCUGAUCCGACUUGGGAUGAAGGGGUCAUCUGCUCCGUAGAUCUCUUCGGGAAUCCUUCUGCAGAUGACUGUCGAGCAGCCAUAGAAUCACUGGAUGCAGCUUUACCACAUGGCUUGCUAGAGCCGCGUUGGUAUCGCAACCAGCAAUUUGCGGAACAAUUCGUCAGUUCUCUUGAAGCGCCGGUCAUAAAACUACCGUGGAGUAAGACUGUUGGUAAGGACUUUAGCUUUGUCGAACAGCUUCAGAACUCGAUUGAAGAAGUUAGCGACUCGGAGAACUUUGAUUACAUCGAAGCUCGAGCGAAUGCCAUCAAUAAGAAGUGUGUCUCAGGUGGAGGCACCGGAGGCUGGGCGAGGGCAGGCACGACAAAACAAGCCAUCGCCAUAUACCUCUUUGGCCCCAGAUCAACCAUGGCCGAGCGUCUCAACAUCGACCAAACAUGCGGCAUCAACUACGCCGGCGUCACCGAAUGCCAAUAUGAAUCCAACGACAAGGAGAACGUUAACCCAAGCACGCCGCCCGCAAUCCCUGACCCAAAUGCAGUCGCCAAACCAAUAGCAAGCCAAUGCAGCGGCACAUGCGCCGGAGCUUGCGGAGAAGGCUGCCAGUGCGCCUACGCCGACCUCGACAUUUUCAAUCAACGCCACGUAGCGAGCGACAUACCCUUUUCCGCCACCUGGGGCACCUUCGCGUGCCAAGCUCUAACAUACGCCGCGGUGGGCGCAUCAUCGUAUGCGAAACUCGGCACAGCGUGCUCAUCUGGCCGCUGUCUCCUCGAAGCUAAUGGCUCGGUGGCUGUGGCGAAUGCUAGUGGCACGCUCCCACCGCUGCCGGAUGCGUACAGUAGCUCGCCUUUGACGUGCGCGUGUAAUUGCACGUAUGCUAGCCAUGGCUGUUGUUUUGCCAAUCCGGUGUACGAGGAUCGGUUUCAGAAGGCGAAUGUUACGAUUCUGGGGCCUGCUGGUACGUGCUGUGAUCAUAAGACUGGGAUCUGGGUGCCGAAUGGGGUCGUGGGUCAGGAUCUGGCGAAAGAUCCCGCUUGUGUUGCGGCGGCGGGUGCUUCGUCGGUGGUGGCGGUGCAAAGUACGUCGCGCAGUGUGAGUAGUACUGCUGUUAGGGUGACUGGCAGCGCGGGGACUGAAAUGGCACCUACUACAAAACAGGUUUCAACACAGAUAUGUCUCUACCAGGCCAGCAAACGACCAGUCGCGAAGAGUCCAUUCCGAGUCGCGAAGGCCAUGCAUAAAGGUCUGUUGCAUAUCAGGAAGGCGCGCGUCAUGGCUCUCCCGAAGGACAAACACCUGAGAGCGAAUCCAACGCUAUUUAGUAGUGCGUCUGAGAACCAUGGAGUUUAUGGCGGCUACCGUGAUUCAUUGGGUACAAAAUCUGAGUAA